CAAUGUCUCUGGAUGAUCUAUAAAAGGCUUACGAGUCUCUCAUUCAUCUUCAUCUCCAAGCUAGCUAGUUCUUACCUUUCUUCUGUAAUACUCAACAAAACAAACGAGCUAAGAAAGAGGAGGAGAGAUAGAGUAAUGGCGAUCAAGAACCUUCUUGUCCUUGCGGUUCUUCUGAGCGUUAUUGGAGUUUCAGUUGCUAACCCUAAGGGUCUUGACCUUAACUACUACAAACACCGGUGUCCUGAUGCAGAAGCCAUUGUACGUCGUACCACAGUUCAGUAUGUUUCUCGCCAGACGAGCCUUGCUGCCGCACUUCUAAGGAUGCAUUUUCAUGAUUGUUUCGUCAGAGGAUGUGAUGGUUCCAUUCUUCUGAAAUCUCCAACCAAGGAUGCAGAAAGAGAUGCUAUCCCUAACUUGUCUGUUAGAGGCUACGAAGUGGUCGAUGCUGCCAAGGCAGCCCUAGAGAAGAAGUGUCCCGGUGUGGUUUCUUGUGCUGAUGUUCUUGCCUUAGUCGCCAGAGACGCAGUCUUAGUGAUCAACGGACCAUGGUGGCCGGUUCCAUUGGGCAGGAGGGAUGGACGCAUCUCAAGAAAAUCUGAGGUUAAUUUACCAUCCCCAUUCGCCGGAAUAGCUGCAUUGAAAAAGAACUUCUUCGACAAGGGUCUUAACACUAAAGACCUAGUCGUUCUCUCAGGAGCUCACACCAUUGGGAUAUCAAACUGCGGUCUCAUUAACAGCCGUAUCUACAACUUCACCGGGAAAGGCGAUUUUGAUCCUUCAAUGAACCCUAGCUACGUUAGGGCAUUGAAGAAAAGGUGCAAGCCAACUGAUUUCAGGACCUCAUUGGAGAUGGACCCAGGCAGUGUCAAGAAGUUUGACUCUCACUACUUUAACAUUGUGGCUCAGAAGAAGGGUUUGUUUACAUCUGACUCAACACUUCUUGAUGACGCUGAGACCAAAACGUACAUUGACACGCAAGUUUCUACUGCUGGAUCCUCAUUCAACAAAGAUUUCUCCGAGUCAAUGGUUAAACUCGGGUUCGUUGAAAUCCUCACCGGGAACAAGGGAGAGAUCAGGAGGAAAUGUGCCUUCGUGAACUGAGUUUCAUCAACAUAAUAUAAGAGCUCUCUCUCUCUUUUGAUGAUUGAUUCAAAAUUUUCUCAAUAAUUAUUUGUAUCGUAUGUUUUUUCCUUCCUUCAAGUCUGUUUUCAGGACAAGAGUAUUUCAUUUUUCUUUGUAUGAUGUUUUGGAAUCUCAAGUUUCUUUGAAUAUUUUUUUUUUUUU